AUGCGCCCACGAGCCCAGGAGCACCGGGGACGGCGGCGAACGCGGGAAGCUCUGGAGGGCACGCAGGCCUUCUCGCCGGACGGGUUUCAGAGGGACUGUGACCACCAACGACGGCAGAAAUUCAACGUGGUGGCUGCCCUCUCACCCUGGGUUCUGCGGGUCGAUGGUGAACGCAACACCUUUGUUGUUUCUGGCCUCUGA